GCAUUUACUAACUCUGAAUCAUUUAGAUGUUGAAAAAUUUAACUAUUCAUCAAAUGGAUUGCACAGAACACUAUUGACUGGAUCUGCAUUAUGUUUAUCCAACAAUAGCAACACCACAAUACAACAACCAAAAUUACUUUGGUCUAAUUCACCACGAUUAAAUUCUAUAUCAGCUAGUAAAAAUGCUACUUAUCAUCCUCAUCCUCAUCGUGAACACCCUACAGUGGAUCAGUUAAUUCCAUAUCUUGUUAGAUCAGCUGAAUUAUUCUUAUCAUUAGCCGAUACAUCAUCUGGUCAUGAUAAAUCUAGGCAACAUUCAACAACAACAACAACUACUACUACAGAUAAUUCCGAAGUGAAUACAACACAAUUAAAGAAUGAGAAAAGACAAAAAUCAAGUGUAUCUUAUUGUCCUGUAGAAAAACUGCCCAAUGUUUCAAAAGAAGUGAUAUUCAGUGGUCAUGGAGACUCGAUACCUACAAUCGAUCCAUUAACAAGUUUAUCUCUUUCAAAUCACUUCAAGCAUACACCAGUCAGCAAUAAUGAUGAUGAUGAUGAUGACGAUGAUGUUGAUGAUUUGAAUAAAACAUUGAAUAAUGAAUGGAUUGUUAUUCGUACAACACCGUUACAUCCUGUCUUGUUAACUAAUAAUUACCCGGAAUUAAUAAAUUAUAUUAAACAUGCUAAUCUACGUGUAUCACAACAUCGUCAAGCUUGUAAAUCAUGGCAUUCAUUGUAUUGGCCAAAAAUAAUGGAGCAUCAUAAUAAUAAUAAUAAUAAUCAAGCAAAUCAAUCUGUCACAUCACCAUCCAUAAAAGAUGAUCAUUUAUUAGAAUUACAAGAGAAACAAUCCUGUUAUGAUUUGUAUAGAACAACAUUUCUGCAUUCAUCAAACACUACAAAUCAGAAUGAUUUUGCAACAUCGGAAUUCAUGCGGAAUAUGUUAUGCACUACUAGAGAUCAUAUGAAAUCUAAUCCAGAUCUAAUUGAUCAUGAUAAUAUGAUUGUUAAUGGUAGAAAUGAAGUAAACAAUCAUGGAUCAGAGGAUACAUAUGUAUCUUCACCAUUAUUAUUGCAUAGUUUAUCCAAUCAGCAUACUUCAUCAUUAUAUCAAUUAAAUUACCUGAAUGAUUCAUCCGAUGAUGAAAAUACUGAAGAGACUAUGAAACAAGUGAACAAAGCAAAUACUACUGAUCAUAAUGACACCGGUAUGAUGACUAUGAAUAAUGUUGACAUGAUGAAUACCACCACCACCACCACCACCAAUAAUAGUAGUAGUGAUACGAUGGUUGAUGAAACAAUCAAUUCAUCCUUACCAAUUGAUAAUCAACUAGUAUCUAAUGCUUAUUCCACAGAAUUAUUUGAUUCAACAACACCGGAAACGAAACAACCACCAUUGCAAUCAUCAUCAUCAACAACAACACCAUAUCAUGUGAAUAAUGAUAAUAGUAAUCAUCAUCAUCAUCAUCAGUUGGAAUAUGAUUAUCCUUCAUGCACCACCACUAAUAAUAAUAAUAAUUUAUCAGAUAAUCAUGUGAUAUCAUCAUCAUCAUCAGCAUCAUCAUGUACAUGUUUAUCCACAUUGCCAGAUUUGUUGAGAUUAGCUCAUUUAGAUGAGUCGACUAUGGAAUUAUGUCAUAGGAAUAAUACAGUGAUGACAAUGCACACUAAACCUGAUGAUGAUAUUAUGAAUGCACAACAGCAACAACAACAAGACUAUGAAUUAGAGAAUUUUUUAGCUGCAUUAGAUUGUCUACCAUCACCUGGACGGUGUAUGAAACAUUUUGGACAUUUGCCACCAUUUAUUUCUUAUGAUAAAAUUGAUGAAGAAUUUUUUAAAAAAUUAGAUAAUUACUUGCAAGAAUUUGAACAUUCUAAAAUCACUACUACUACUACUACUACUGAUGAAGCAGAUACAGUGAGUAGUAGUACUAGUAGUAGUACAGUAACUACUGCUAAAAAUGAUGAUGAUACUGUUAAUCAUCAUGAUAAGAACGAUGACAUUGAAACAAAAUCUAAACCUACAUUAUCUUCAUCAAUGAUUCGAUCAUGUACUGAUGCUUUUGAUUCGAUAUCAUUAGAUAGAAUCGAUUCAAUACAACGCCACCGCCAACAACACCGACAUUCAGACAAUCAUAGUAAUUGUAGUCAUCAUUCACAUUUGACCGAUUUCUCAUCAACUUCAUCAACACAAUCUGCAAGACAUAAUUCCAAUUCAAUCGGUGUGGCCGGUGGUAUAGGUCCAUUUUUAUCUAUCCUCUUAAAUCGUAUGGCUAAUAUGCAUAAUAAUUGUUUUUUCACUAAUCUCCUCUUAACGGAUAUUUUUGCUGCAUUGGCCUCUUAUCCAUGUCCGUUAUUAUAUGAAUUCUUAUUAAAUCCAAUUGGUCUACAUGUGAAACCAUCAGUUAAUACACUUUAUAAAGUACUCCGUUCUGUGCAUAGUCAAAUUGUAGUCGCUUCAGAAUCUGUUGAACAAUGGAAAUCACUUGUAUUUCGUGCACGUGUUUAUUUAAACAUUGUAUGGCCAGGUCCUUUCAAGAUGACUAUUGAUCCAAAUUUUUAUGCAACAAAAGAAAUUUCACAACGUACCAAAACUAAUAAAAUGAUGCCAACAAGAGGACAUCAUUCAACUACUAAUUAUAGUAAUAUUCAAAGAGGUAAUAUUAACAUUGUGUGUGAAUAUUAA